UGCACAUGGAAAGACCCCCUGUGAAGUAAUGUAUGGCUAUAAACUUCUCGGCAUAUACCAGAAAUUCAAUCCAACUGACCCCGUCGACUUUCAGGAAAUAGAAGUGCAAGAAGCACAAAUAACGCUACA